AUGGCUGAGCCACCUAACGAUAUGGCCGCACCAUCAGCCAAUGACGUUGAGAUGAAGGAGGAAGUGGCAGAGCCUUCUGUUCACAGCAUUCCCUCCGCCCCAGACCAAGUUGCAGGAGCUUCCCAAGUUGAUGCCGCACUUCCCAUCAACCAGCCUUUCACCGCUGAAGCUUCGAAGCUUGAGGACACCGUCUCAGCCAGCAUGGAGGGUAUCACCAAUGGUGACUCGACCGAUGCGCAAUCCACUCAGGCCCCUCCUCCACCAGUCGCGCAAGCUCCUUCGGCAUCACCAUUGCCUGCCACUGCCUCUGCACCUACUGCACCACCCGCUGCUUCUCUUCCUGUCAAGGUGCCUACUCCUUCGCCUGCUCCGACCAGACCAUCUUCGAUCGGACCAGCAGUCUCGCAACCACCCGAGAGAGCCAACCAGCACGGUGCACCUGGCAGAAUCUACCUCAACCCUGUCGCCAACUAUUUCAUGGAGGGCAUGAAGUACUUGGUCGUCUACCAACCCGAGAAACCUUUGAAGUGGAUGGGCGAGUUUCUCCUGAAGCGCAGCGCUGAGAUUGAAGGAGAGUAG